AAAUCUUCAGUUGAAAAGAGAAAGUGAGCAAAAGCAACAGCCGAGGUUCUGAGGAACGUCAUUUUCACUGAUACAUUUUUCAGCUAAUAUUCAAUAAAAAUACGUUCCCAUAUCCGUGAAUGCAAUGAAAUUGUGCAUCGAAUUAGGCCAGCGAGUUGAAUAUUAAAAUUGAGAUUUUUUAGCAACGGGAAUAAGUAGGUGUAGAUGAAAUGUCGUCUUGAACGAGUGAAGAGAAAAUUAUACCACCAUUGUUUCGUCUGUCAAAAAUUGUAAAUUCGACAGUCACAGCCAUCGUGUGCGGAAGCGAAGACUUUGUUGAGUAACGAACCAGGACCAGCCUUCCGGAUUGCUAUUUCAAUUGUAAAAGCAUGAGAUUUUUCUAUUGAUACACAUUGACGAAUUCACGGAUCGACGAGUUCAAAACAUUCUUGCUGGGCGCAAUUUCAGGAAAGCAAAAAGCCUUCGCGCUGGGUGAGCUAAAUCUAGGUCAGGUGCUGCCAAUUUUGUUAGCAUUUUUUGCCAACUUGGAGGAAGCUAGCAGGAUUUGGGCGAAGAUUCGUAAGAAGAUGGACGGAAGUAGUGUGGGGAGUGGUGGUGGUGGAGGAGGAGGAGGAAACGGAAACGGUUCUGGUAGCGCAUCCGGAAGUGGCGGUCGCAGUAUUCGUGAUAGCGAUGAUAGUGGCGAUGAGAAUGCCCUUGACAGAUCUGAUGGGCGGCAGUCAAGAUUGGAGCUACAGCUGAAUGCAACGGUGCCCAGUGGUAGUGGACAAAAAAAAUCCUGGUCAGAGUUGAAAUCGAUAGUUAACGAUAUGAGACGACAAAUGACUUCUCUGGCAAGCAUGUUCCCAAUGAAUGUCAAUUUUCGAACUUUGUCGGAUGGUAGAACACGAGUUUAUUUUCUAAGUCCUCCUGCGUCCAACGGAUGGGAUACGGUGCUUUUCUAUACGGAUGUGCCCGCUAGCGAAAACGACAACUGUGCGCCCAUGAGAUUAGAAUGGAAUCCCGUACUGGAACCGAUUGUGUCCCAUCUGUCCACUAACAAUUCUCGAGAGGUCCAGCUACUGUUGGAACGAAAACGUCUCUCCAUCUGGGGCAUAACUUCGUACGAGUUGCACAAAUCUAGCGGGAAAAUAGUCUUUCCAGCAUGCAACACUCUGUACCAGUGUUUGGACACUGGUUACGGGGAGGGAACACUAUUUCCAUCGGAACUUCGCAUCUUCCAGCGUUCAGCUGCCAUCGACCCGCAGAUUUGUCCCCAGAAUUCCGACCUUGUGGCGUACGUUUGCAACGGGGAUAUUUGGGUUAUUCACACUGUCAGCGGUCACAGUGAACGGUUGACUUUUGCUCACGAUGGUCGAAGAUCGUUCGCUGAGGAUCCACUCACAGCUGGUGUUCCAUCAUACGUAAUGCAGGAAGAAUUUAGCCGGUACCAGGGCUUCUGGUGGCAACCGAGCAGCGACGAUGAAAUCUAUCGAAUAGUGUACGAAGAGGUGGACGAAAGUGAUGUAAGUUUGUACACUUUUCCAUCUUCCCAAUCCGUGGGCGGGGACUACGAAGAAUACCGUUUUCCUCGUGCCGGUUCGGCGAAUGCCAAAUCCAAGCUGAAACUGGUACAGUUCCGUCUGUCAGAGUCGUUGAAAAUAACGGAUACCUGCAUCAAGGAACAACAGUGCCCGUUGACUUAUGCCUUUCCGUGGUUGGAGUACGUCGUGAGGAUCGGUUGGACGCCAGAUUCGAAUUAUGUGUGGGCUCAGCUGGUAAACCGAGUGCAACAACGCUUGGACUUAGUUCUGAUCCCGCUGGAUAAUUUCUGUGAGCUUUACAGUAGUUCAACACCGUCUCCUCCUGAAAGCGGGAGCCGUGCAACGCCGGACGUGAAACCAUCCUCAUCCUCAAUUUUGGAGUCUUCCAACGACUACUGGAAAUCUCCGCUGGCUCGACUGACGCGACCGAUGCAGGUCAUCUACUCCGAAACCUCCAGCAGCUGGGUAAAUGUACACGAUGUGUUGCAUUUUCUUGAAAUCACCGAAGAUCGGGUCGUGUUCCUAUGGGCCUCCGAAGAAACUGGUUUCCGGCAUCUGUACUUGGUAACAUCUAGUCUUGCCACGAGCGGCUUCAACAUCAUCAUCAACAGUACUAGUAGUAGUAAUAGUAGUAGCAGUACUGGUACUAGUAACGGUAGUAAUAGCAGCAAUCACAAGGUCGACAAUAUCAACCACAACAAUCACUGUCAUCACACUAGAGACGGUUCUACGCUUAUGGAAGGAGUCAACAACAAUAAUCAGGCGAAGCAUGCGGCAGGACGAAGUACCACGGCGGUGCAUAUCGAUGGGUGUGGAACAUUGGAGCCGCGCAUUGUAAAUAAGAUAGCGCUAACCUCCGGCGACUGGGAAGUUUUGGGUCGCAACGUUUGGGUGGACAAACGACACCAGCUGGUAUACUUUAUGGGACUUCGCCAGACUCCGCUGGAAAAACACCUGUACGUAGUCAACAUGCUGAAACCGAACUGGCUUCGGCUGCUCACCGUCCCCGGUUACUCAUUCACCGUAGAGUUCAACGAUGAUUGUACCAUGUUUCUGCAAACGUACUGUAAUAUCCAAACACUGCCCUCGUGGGAACUAGUACACAUCAAGCAAAACUGUUCAAAUGGAAACGUUGCCGGGCUGGAGCUGAUUUCGAUGGGAUACCUGUUCGAGGGCGGUCCCUCGGAAAAUACUCAAUUUAAUCCGACCAUCUACAGUCCUCGGUUGGCGUCCGGCGAGUCUAUCUACGCAAUGGUGUUCAAACCACAUAAUUUCACGCUGGGUGUGAAGUACCCUACGGUGCUAAACGUCUAUGGCGGCCCGGAAGUACAAACCGUGAGCAAUACGUUUAAAGGUAUGAGACAACUGCGUAUGCACAUGCUCGCUGCUCAAGGGUACUGUGUAGUGUGUGUCGAUUCGCGAGGUUCUCGACAUCGUGGAGUACGAUUCGAGAGCCAUAUACGAGGUCGGAUGGGUACGGUUGAGCUAUCCGAUCAGGUAGAAGUGCUGAAAAUGCUUGCCGAGCAGUUGGGAUACAUCGAUAUGGAUCGUGUAGCAAUACACGGGUGGUCUUAUGGGGGUUAUUUAAGUUUGAUGGGGCUGGUGCAGUAUCCGGAGAUCUUCAAACUGUCGAUUGCGGGUGCGCCAGUUACAAGCUGGGAGUAUUACGAUACGGGUUACACUGAGCGAUACAUGGAUCUUCCCGACAAUAAUCGGUCCGGCUAUACCGCUGGUUCGGUUCUUAGCUAUAUACACAAGUUUCCGGAUGAGGACAACCGAUUGCUAAUCAUCCACGGUCUGAUCGACGAGAACGUACACUUCUUCCACACAUCACAGCUCGUGAACGGACUGAUCAAGGCCAACAAACCCUACCAGCUGCAGGUCUAUCCGAAUGAGCGCCAUUCGUUGCGCAAUCUGGAAGCGAGUAAGCACUACGAAACGAAGCUACUAUCGUUCCUCCAGAACCAUCUGUGAGCGUUUCCGAAGGUCGCACCUCUCCGAAUACCUCUCCCUCUUUUCUUCGGUCUCAAUUAUUAUGCUUCCAGCUGUUGUAGUUGGCUUGUGUCGAAAUGUAGCCCUUUUUCGGUUUGCGACCGAACAGGGGACGCUUAUGAUGUAGUGUGUAGAUAAAAGUUUGCGCUUUUGUAAGUUGUUGAUUGGGGAAGAAUCGCCGCAUGCGAUUGCCGGUAAGCAAUCUGUUGUUCUGUUUUACGCUCCGAUCCGAUGGGACGAGAAACUUGCACUCUGUACCCCGUAUGGCUCGACAAUGACUGGAAAUCUGAAUCGGCCGGAAACACGCAAAGUCAUUAGCUUUAGUCACAGGUGUUCGUUCGCUCUUCGACGAUACGUUUUUGUUUUGUGCAGACUGUUAUACCUCGUAGGGAAAAAAUAAGAUAGAUCUAUGUAAGCGUCACCAGCAACUUACCUGCACUAGUUGCAUAGCAUUAGCUGUAGGGAUAACUUGAAAGAAACCAAAACGCAAUUUGGUCGAAAGACGCCCUUUUUUCAGGUUUUGUUUCAGCUCGAGUAGCAUCACGUGUGGACUGUUAGAGGCAGUAUGCGUAGCGAAUGUGUUAUAAUUAUUAUGCAAUUGUAUAUCAGUUUCCUUAGCAGCAGCGGAUUGUGUUUGUUUUUAUUGACGAUUUUACGUUUUUAUUUAGGUAAAAAGCCAAACAGAGAGUUGAAGAUUAAUGUUUGCGGUUUAAUGAUUUUCGUGCCGAAAAUAUAUUUUUCUAUGAGAGAAGUAGCGUUAGAUUUUGCGAAGACAAGAAAACACCACUAAAAAUACGGUUUUUGUGCUGGUGCAAGAACAACAACUCUCUCGAGAUCAACAGAGCUAAAUAUAAUAUAUUUAUUGUGCACAAAACUAUA